UCUAAAACUGUAUUAUAAUUACCUUAGAUGAAGCCAUGUAUGUCUCUUUAGAUAUUCCAAACAAAGUGAAGUGAAGAUAAGUGAACCUUCUCCGAAUAGUAGUCAGGCAGACGGACGGCCAAAUAUGUAUGUGGUACAUAUUGAAAUUAAUCAGGUAAAAGAUAGCGCGGGAUGAGAAACUCUCCUUGUCAGUGCUGAAAAAAAGAAAAGCUACUCCAACGCUAAGGUGCUAUGCUAUCCAUAAAGUUUGCUACCUAGCUCUCUCCCAAGAUCAAAGAUAAGAGGUGGUAAUGUCAACUGCUACUGAGACAGAAUAUCGAAAUCAAUCAAUUGAUGAUUAGUUGGAGAAAUAUUUUCAAAGGCAUUAGAUCAACCUCAAGUACUCUCAUCAAUCAAAAUAUGCGUCAAACGGGAAAAAUUGUAAUAAACAAAGUGGAGAAAACAAAAAGCCCUAAAAAAUCCAAUCCACUAUCUCCAACAACAUGUCAAAUAAUAGAAUUCGGUUUGGUUAGCCUGAAUCGUUUACUGAUCGGUUUUGUUACCAUCUACAUGUGCUGGAUGUGCCUGCGUGUAGAGUUGCAAGAAAUUCCAUUUCAUGCGAUCCUAUGUACCGUUGGGUUCGUCUGCUUAAUGUCAGAAGGUUUGAUGGCCCAUUAUCGGGGCAAUGCUUGGACUAAACUUUGUAAUCGCAUAGAGAAAACCCGAACGCAUUGGUUGUUGCAGCUUAUCGGCUCCAUAGUUGGUCUAGUGGGCGUAGGAAUAAAAAUUUGCAUUGAAGAUAUACAUUUCCAUACAUUACAUGGAAUUGUGGGUCUAGUUACAACCAUUCUCUUACUCUUGGGCUUGGUGAGUGGUCUCAGUGCCCUAUAUGCUAAUGAAAUGCGAAACUUUAUGCAACCAUUGUUCAACAAAACCCUGCAUAAUAUGUGGGGCUUGAUGACCUAUACUCUGGUUAUGGCCAGCAUGUAUACAGCUUAUGAUACGGAUAUAUUUGUGGAAUAUUCCUUGGAUGCGGCUACAUAUAAUGAUUUCAAAUGGCUGAUACAAAUAUCCAUAGUGGGUAUAUGGGCAUUAACAAGUUAUGGGCCGCUAUGGUGUUUGGUGUAUACAAAAAUAUGGAAUACCAACUUCCGUUGCCAGUAG